GGGCGUGUCAAGUUCAGUGUCGUUAUAAGAUGAAGCCGCGGGUUUGAUCCUUGAUCAAAUUCACUAUUAUUAUUAACUAAUGUCAUUAUACUCCGUGGCUCUUAGUAACAAUUGCAUUAAAUUUUGUCUUUAACUGAUGGCAACACUUAAAUUCUGAGAAGCCGUGUAAAUUCAAACUUCCGGUUAAACUGCUAAUUUUACUCCUUUUUUUUUUUUCAUUUGUCUGGAAAUACGUGUAUUUUUACUUUUUAAUGUUGCGGCACAUCCGGUAAUGGUAAUGACCCUUUCGUUUUGAGCAAACGGUAAGAAAGAAGUACGUGGCGUGGUGGAAAACUGGUUUCUUGGCGUCGAUUUGAUUGUAAUGUAAAUCUGUCGUUAUCAACACUUUAACAAUCAAAACAGCAUAGCUCUGAGGAGUGUGAUUAUUAUGCAUAAAGAAGAGUAUGUUAUCAUCUUUUUAUUUUUAUAAGCAUUUAAUGGUUAAUAUAAUUGUCCAUACGAAGCAAGCUGUAUCUUUAAGUUAUAUUUUUGCAACUGCAAUUAUUUUUGUAUCCAGGCAAAUUUGUAUGAUAUUCAGUAUAUAAGACAAAAUUGACUUUUACCGUUCUAAAACUUUUAACUGGAUCUAAUUGAUUUCCCCAAUACUGCUGAAUAUCUGAUACUGCUUUCUCUAAAUUUGUCAUGCGUGCUUUCUGUCCAAUUUGUGCGGACCUUUUUGAUGAGGACAGUUUAAUGGUAGCUCCACCAUGUGGACAUGUUUUCCAUGAGAAUUGUUUAUUGAAGUGGUUAAUUGAAUCGAGAACAUGUCCAGAUUGCCGCAUCCGUGUAACUCAAGAAAAGAUUAUCAAGCUUUAUUUUAGCAGUGUACAGAAGUGUGGUUCAUUUAAUGUAGAAAGUGCUACUGUCGAAAACGAAAUUAACUGUUUAAAAGUUAAAUUGAAAGAAAAAGACAUGGAAUUGAAAAAAUGCCAAAAUGAAAAAAAUCAGCUUGUGUUGUAUUGUGAAAAGGCAGAAAAUCAAGUCUCAAAAUUGGAACAAGAAAAGUAUGAAAAUGAAUCUGAAAUAAAACAUCUGAAGUUAAAAGUAAAAUCAUUGAGUAAACUUGAAGUAAAAGUUCAGAAAUUAGCGCAAAGAAAUGCUGCUCUAAGUAAUGAUUUAGAACAUCUGGACCAUGUGCGAACAAUAGUGUCUGCGUCUCAGCAAGAUGUUGAAAAUCUUAUGAAUAGCUAUGGAGAUGGACCUGGAGCUGUUCAACAAAUUUCAAUUUUUUGUUCCGUUUUAAAACGGGAACUACGUCAAGUUUCAGAGGCAAAGGCUCAACUCCAAAAUGAAAUCGCCAGUCUUAAAAAAGAUUAUGGCUUAGUUAAUCAGCAAUUAAAGAAUGUAUUGCGGCAUAAAAAAACUCGUGAUUCUUCACUUGCCAAGGAAAUAAAAAAAGUUUUGUCACCUAAACGAUCUAUAACUAUGCCUAGUACACCACGUGUUGGAGAUCGUGGAUCUAAGCAAGCAAGUUACAGAAGAUCUUCAUCUUCAUUGACACCUAUUUCAGUUCCUGUUGGUGAUAAGAAAAGAAAAAUGGACGUUGUCGUCCUUAAUAAGGAAGUGGCCACAAGUUCCAGACCUGUGAAACAUGCUACUUCAUUAGUAGCAGCAAAUUGCGUGAAAUGUUCAAAACCAAAAGAUGAGGACAGUGUUAUUCAAACUGGAUAUAAUGGUUUGGGGGGUCAUGGUAGAAUUUUAAUUAGAGCUAGUUACCUGAAACUAAAAAAGCGGAGGCAAUAAAUUGCAUGAAGAUGUGAUCUGCAAUUUGGUACAUACAUUUAUUAUCUUUUUCUUCUAAUAAUAUUACUAAGCUGUACUUGAAACUUCUCUUUAUCGUAUCUAUGUGUCAAGUAGUAAAAUGUAGUGCAUUUGAUUUUAACUUUUUUUUUAAUGUUAUACUAACCUGUAAUAAAAAGUGUUUUUUAAUUUUUUUAAAGAUGCUAUUGUCUUGUCUACGUAUGCAACAGAAUAUAGUAUUGAUCUUAAUUAAUUAAAAUAUGCCAUUUUACUGAUUUGCCUAAAGAGCAUUCAGUAGUUUUAUUGAAUUUUGCAGUUCUAUUUCUUAAAAAAAAAAAAAAAAAAAAAAAAAAAAAAAAAAAAACUAAUUUAUUUAAGUUAGUUAAGUAAUUUUAUUUGUACUUGCGUAAAAUACUUUAGCUUUUGAAUUUUACUUGAAUGUAUCUGUGUACUCAUAAAAACUGUUACCACUAUUAUUUAAUUAUAGUUAUGUUAGUAUAGCAGUGUGGGUAAAAGUUACUUAUGUUUGGUAUUUUAGCUUUUGUAUUUUAUUUGAAUAUAUAAAUAAUUUCAUAAAAA